AAGGCCGGGCCAAUAGUAAGACACAAUCAUCUGACCAACAAGGCAAUACCAACAACCAUCCAUUAUUCCAUGUGAAUGUCUGGUGGAGCUACAUUCUGACGAGAUUGUCGUCGACAGUUGGUGGUAUACAUGCAGGCGUAAGGGACGUACCAUAAAAAAUGACAUAGAUAAAAAGUUGGUGUCUUACGGAUAACUUCGCUCUAAUUGAUCGUCGUCGAGAUUAUUUUCGAGUGAGCUUUGCUAAUUUAGAAUUAAACACUCGUAUUACAGGUGUCAUGGCGGCCUAGUAAUAGUAAUACCUCUAUUAUCGGACGUUUAACAAUUGCUUUGUUUCUAUGAAACACCGUGACCAUCCGACUAGAAUAAAGUGAGGAUAUAUGCAUAUUAGACCUAUAAUGUCACUCCUCCUCUUUGUGAUCCCAAUCAUUUACAUCAUCUGCAUUGUUAUCAAGGUACUUGUAUGCCGUACCAAUAAUACGUGUGGGGAAGGCUUACAGAAUGAUCAAGUAGAACACACAAACGCAGGAGAGCAAGUCAGAAGUAUUUCAUCAGUGGUUCUUGAUAUGCGUCUUGAUGAUAGUAAGACUACACCAACAACAAGACCGCCAACGGACUCCCCUCCUUCAUACGAUGAAUGCGUUAACUCUGUAUCGAUAUCGGUUACAUUAAACGAACUUACAAACGAUCAGCCACCAUCUUACGAAAAAAUCAUGCAGAUUUAUAGUUGAAUGAUACUUUCUAAACAUUGAAUUAAAUGGUAGAACCGUAAAGAUGAUGAUGAUGAUGAUGACGUCGAUAUGAUAAGAAGAUGGUGACGGUAAUGACGUGGGAGCGGUUUGCAUAGCGUUUGCAAUUCAGUCUUUGAGAUAUUAUGUCAGAAGGUUGAACCGCUCGUUGUGCUUUUUACCUGUGGGCACCGUAGGUCUACAUUAGGCCAAAAAAUGAAUUGUUUGUUUGCCUUUCUUUUAAAAAUGAAAAAUAGGGGCGGGUGGAAAAAGUUUUUUUUUACAUAUUUUUUUUUUAGAAUGGCAAUAUCUUACAUCAGACAACAACUUUAGACUAAUUUGUAGGGCAUCUGGCUAAAAUUUUAAUUGGUCUGAUAAUGAAAUUUACUGUCCAAAAAAACCAAAGAGUUUUUGGUAAGCUGUAAGAAAGUGGUGGUUUAAGUUUUUCAAAUUUUCGUUGUUUUAUUUAAAAACUCUUAUAGUUGUAUAUAUUUCGUUAUAAUCUAUUUUUAAUGUAUAUUUAUCUUAUACAGUCUUCAUGUCAUGAUCUCGUUGAAGAACACCGUCAUUCCUUUUUGGUGAACGAGUUUUAAAUGUAUAUUUCAAUGUAUAUUAUUU